UGCUAAUACCACCACCCACCACCAUACCACCACCACUACUACUACUACUACUACUACUACUACUACUAGCCACUGCUGCUAUAGUCAACCCCUUUUUUGCCCGUCCCACUUCCACUGACACUGUCCCUCACACUCCGCCCACGACCACCACGACAGUUGCGACGACGGCAACGCCGAGUUCCCUCAGUCAGCACUAUCGCUUUCACCACCAUCACUAACAAUACCACCACCACCACCAACAACUCCACCACCUCCACCACUACAUCGGCAAACAGUUACGACGUCGGUAGCAGUGGCGGCGGCGGCGGCGGGCACGAAGGCGGUGACGGCAAGAGAACGUCUACGACCACGGCUACGACUGAGACUACGACCACGGCUACGACGUCUACGACUGCUACGACUACGACAGGAGGGAGUCGUGUCAAUCUAGUGGAAACGCUCGAGACGAGAUGAUGAAUUUUGUACGACCGACUUAUGGAGCUCUGGCGGUGUCUUCAACAGAUUCUUUUAGUUUCGCUGCGGGUUCCUUUGCUGCACACCCGGCCUUGCAGCAACGUUCACCGUUUGCCAUACAGGAACUGUUAGGGCUGAGUAACACUGAAAGCCCCAAAUCCAGACCCGUAACUCAAGGAGAUGUUCUCCUAUCGACAUCGGCUUAUAUCUCAAGACCCCUCGUUUCGCCGGGCCAUGGGACACCGUUUAAGGACUCAAACCCAAUACCUUACAGUACGUGGAGGCCGGCUUUUAUAGAUUCACUUGGGUCAGCCGCCGCAAAUGCUUUUACCCUAAGUUCACCACAGAGGGCACUGAUCACUAAAGAUGCAUCCAGACAAGGAUUCAGGACAAUUUUCACCAGUUAUCAACUCGAAGAAUUAGAGAAAGCUUUCAAGGAAGCUCACUACCCGGAUGUUUAUGCCAGAGAGGUGCUAUCGCUGAAAACUGAUCUGCCAGAGGAUCGUAUCCAGGUUUGGUUCCAGAACCGCCGUGCCAAAUGGAGGAAAACUGAAAAAACGUGGGGGCGGAGUAGCAUCAUGGCAGAAUAUGGUCUCUAUGGCGCAAUGGUCCGUCAUUCACUUCCGCUUCCGGAGAGUAUUUUAAAAAGUGCUAAAGAUGGAGUCAUGGAAUCAUGUGCUCCAUGGUUGUUAAGUAUGCACAAAAAGUCUUUGGAAGCUGCUGAGAAAUUAAAAGAUGUUGAUGAUGUGAGUGACGAUAAUAAGAAUGAGAGCAGUAACGGCAGUUCGCAGCCGACUCGUGAUAAGGAAGAGCUACGAUCGGAGAGCAUCGCCGUUCUACGCGCCAAGGCGCAGGAGCACAGCGCUCGCUUAAAGCGAGACAUACAAGACAAAGAGCUUGGUAUUAAUAUUGGUCAAAGUGCAAAUGACUGUUUCACAGAAAGACGAGCGUCGGGCUCGGGGAACACGAUAUCAGUUGUGUCCACUUCGUCGGGGGGCUGUCUUUCGGGAACGAGGUCGACGCCCGCCGUAGCGUCGGUUACAUCGUCGAAAAUAGUUGAGGUGGUCUACGAAAGUCGAUUCGAGACACCGAGUAAAAGUGAUCAUGUCACUUCGCCUGAGUCUCGUCUCAACCAGCAACAACAACAACAACAGCAGCAGCAACAUCCUCAGCAACAGCAACCACAAACACAACAGCCACCACAGCAGUCACAACAGCCGCCACAACAACCAGAACAACAACAACAACGGCACCAACCACAUCAAAAGCAUCAACAACAACAACAGCAGGACCAAGCACAGCACAGUUAUAUAGAUUUAGAGAGCGACGAACCCGUGUCUAAAUGACCAUUAAUAUGGCGGCCUUUGUCAAACUACGAUACUUCGCGCUGACCGAAGCAAUUGUUCUCAAACUUGGAACCAGAAGAACUGUUACCAAAUCGUAGUAGAACAAUUGCCGAUAGAGCGAGCACCUAUUAUCUAACGAAAAGAUAAUCCCUGUGCUUUGGAAUAUAAGUCGAACAGAAACCAACUGAAACCGAACAUAUAAAACGCCAUAUCGGAGAGUAUCAAAGGACCGCUAAAGGAAUCAAAAGACAUUUUUCAAUGAGAAAAAAAAAAAAGUAAUUAAAGACAAUAUUUGAAAAAAAUUCGUUUAGAAUGAAUUCUUCAU